UUGAAUCCGAAUCCACAAAACACUCCAUACCCUCCACAACAACCAUAUCCUCAACAGCCAUAUCCAUCUCAACAACCAUAUCCACCUCAACAGCCUUAUCCACAACAACAACCAUAUCCACCUCAGCAGCCAUAUCCACAGCAACAAACACCAGUAUACUCGCCUCCACCAGAACAAACUAUGCAAUAUCAACAAGUAAUUAACCCAACAAUGAUUCAAGCUGUUUGGGUUGAAAGUCCAUUACCUGAUCACAUGUUAUUCCUUGAUAGCCCAGGUGGCGCUAUUAUUAGACCUCUCCACCACUCCUACUAUCCACCAGUUGAUCGAAUUGUUUUUGAUAGAGUGGGAAAUCCGUUCAAGUCUAUUUAUCCACAAGCACAAACUACAAGCCAAGUCAUAACUCAGGAAACAGAAAAACUAAAUAAAAAGCUUCAACCAGUUGCAGAUGACUUAAAUCGCUUGGGAAACCAGAUAUCAAAAGAUCUUGGUAAAUUAUCUAAAUCUCUUUUCGGGUCAUCACAUAAAUAA